UCAUAUUUAGCGCUCUCCAGGUUAGAGUUUGUUGUUUGUUUCCCUGUCGUCGGGAGUGUGAGGGGAGCGCCGGCGAGGAGAGAACGUGUCGGCCGGAGAGUUCGCCGGAGUGAGUGAAGCGAUGUCGAUUGCGUUGGAGUUAGGUGCGGGGAUUGGGAGCGCGGGAUUCAUCGGUGGAAUUGGAUGCGUCCCGAUCUAUGACUCGCCGGAGGUCGAGAAGGAUCGGCCUCUGUCGCCGGAGUCCCCUUCUUCUACCUCUUCGGCGUCAUCUUCGAUCGGGAAAGAUAGUGAUGAAGUGGGUGGGGAAUUGGAGGACGAUGAGGGUGCAGGGGCGGGGGAGGUGCAGAGCGCUUACAAGGGUAUGUUGAAUGGGAUGGAAUCUAUGGUGGAAUCACUGCCGAUCAGGCGUGGCAUUUCCAACUUCUAUGCAGGCAAGGCCAAGUCUUUCGCCAGCCUCUCCGAUGCCACCGCCUCCUGCGCUUCAGCCAAGGACAUGGCCAAGGCCGAGAAUGCUUAUUCUCGUCGGCGAACAAAUCUCCUUGCGUCGAAGAUCUUCUGCGAGAAACAACGCAGCAAUCUGUUGAGGAGUCCCGUGGGCGGCAUAGCUAAAAGACCAGGAUCUCACAGGCGAAACCCGCUGGCCCUUGCAGCCGCCAUGAACAGCUCUCCAAGAAGCAAUAAUUCCGUGGAAUAUGGAGAUUUGCGGCCGCCGGGCAAAUCUGCAGUUGUUCCUGAAGAUUCAGUGGAGGCUUCUUCUCAGAUUUGCUCUUUGCCAAUGAGGUCGUUCUCGUUGGGUGAUCUACCGGUGUUGAAGAAUCCUGGUUCUUCGAUUGGACCGUGUGGGGAACUAUAAUGGAGGUUUUAUUGAUGAAGAUUUGUUGGAUAAAAAAUGCAUUUUUAGUAGAUGGAUGUGGGUAUAGUGGGAUGAUGGUGUAGUUUGCGUCUGGAGUUCAAUGGUAGGUCAUCACUUGUUGAGUGGGCCCCACUGUAAUACACUAGUAUUGUCCAGUGUCAAAAGCCUUGGGGCCCACUUAACACGUGACGCCCCACUAUUAGACUUUGAAUGCAUCUGGAGUCCGAAUGUAAUAGUUUUUCAUCAGGUUUUUUCAUAGAAUUAUUUACAUAACAUACCACAAUUACUAUAUAUUUAGGUGUUCAACACCAAGAUUUUAUUUUUUACAUGUAUACCGCCCACAUCUUUGACAUGUAACCGAUUUAAAUUUUAAAAAGUGA